AUGCUUGAUAAACUUUGCAUUGAGCGGGCCAGUUCGGAAGCCGUCUUCAACCCUUACAAGUUUAUCACCUUCUUCCCUCGUAUAGCAGUUAUAGAUGACGAUGAUGAUGAGGCUGAGUCCUCCGAUCAUUUUUGUGACCUUAUUCCACGCACGCGUCGUCAUCGCCCUACCGUAGCUGAGGAGGAGCACUACCUUGGUGACGAGUUUGUUGGGGCUCACCGUUCUGAUUACUUGCUUUAUACUAAAAGCUUACAAAUCGAGGUUUUUCAGCAGUCACAAAGGUUUGACUCCGAAGGUCCUUAUCGGCUUCUUUAUUGUUCAAGUAAGGGUGACAAAGAGGGUGUUAUACAGGAGUUAGACAAAGGAGUAGAACCUAAUUUAGCUGACUAUGAUAAGAGAACAGCGCUUCAUUUAGCUUCCUGUGAAGGACGCACUGAGGUUAUUUCUCUGCUUAUUGAGAAAGGAGCUGACGUGAACUCCACAGAUCGCUGGGGUCGCACUCCCCUGUCCGAUGCUCAUGGCAUUGAGCAUGAGGAAAUUUGCAAAAUUCUGAAGGCACAUGGUGGAAUUGAUCCGAUGGGGCUUGAUUCUCUGACUCCAUGCUAUGAAAUUGAUUUUACUGAAGUGAAUAUGAAAGAUGGAACCCUCAUUGGAGAAGGUGCAUAUGGUGAAGUUUAUUUAGUGAAGUGGCGUGGUACAGAAGUAGCUGCAAAAACAAUCCGUUCUUCCAUCGCAUCAAAUGAGAUGGUGAAGAAAACCUUCUUGAAGGAACUGGCUUUGUGGCAAAAGUUGCGUCAUCCCAAUAUAGUGCAGUUCCUUGGUGUUCUGAGGCACUCUAACCGCUUGAUCUUCCUCACCGAGUAUCUUUGCAAUGGAAGUUUGUAUGAUAUUUUAAGGAAGAGGGGGAGACUUGAUCCGCCAACCGCUGUUGCUUAUGCUUUAGAUAUUGCAAGAGGUAUGAAUUAUCUUCAUCAGCACAAACCUCAUGCUAUAAUACACCGAGAUUUGACCCCAAGAAAUGUAUUACAAGAUGAAGCGGGGCACCUUAAAGUUACGGACUUUGGCUUAAGCAAAAUUGUACAGGAAAAGGAUUUUGGUUAUAAAAUGACUGGAGGAACAGGAUCCUUUAUGACAUUUAUCAGAUCGUUACAUGGCUCCUGAGGUUUAUCGCCGGGAAUCAUAUGGGAAGAGUGUUGAUGUCUUUUCCUUUGCUCUAAUAGUCCAUGAGGUAAUAAUAGUGCAUUUUGCAACAAAUGUUCUAAA